UAACCUCUCUCCUCCUCUCCUUAUUUCUCUCACCUCUUCUCUGUCUUCUCGCUCUUUUAUAAACUUUCCAUCUCAUUCUUUUCCUUUUCAUCUCUGUUUGGUUGCCGAGAAAGCGGAGGAAAAUUUUCUUCGCUUUUUUAUUACCGAUCUUUCUGUUUUUUUUCUUUUGUUCUGUUUCUCUCGGUGACCAGAUUCCUGUUUUCGGUUUAAAGCCUCGAAAUUCUCUAUGGCGGAAGAGCAUCGAUGUCAGACGCCGGAAGGCCACCGUCUCUGUGCUAACAACUGCGGCUUCCUCGGCAGCUCCGCCACCAUGAAUCUAUGCUCCAACUGCUACGGCGAUCUCUGCCUUAAGCAACAGCAAGCUUCCAUGAAAUCCACCGUCGAAUCCUCUCUCUCCGCCGUAUCUCCUCCGUCGUCAGAGAUCGGUUCUAUGCAAUCCACCGUUGAAUCCUCUCUCUCCGACGUAUCUCCUCCAUCAUCGGAGACCAUUUCCAUCUCUUCUCCAAUGAUCCAGCCUCUCGUUCGAAACCCAUCAGCUGAACUGGAGGUAACGGCGACGAAAGCGCCGAAGACGGUGACUCCGCCGCCGGAGCAGCAGCAGAAACGGCCGAAUCGGUGCACGACGUGUAGGAAACGGGUCGGGUUGACUGGGUUCAAGUGCCGGUGCGGAACGACUUUUUGCGGGGCUCACAGGUACCCGGAGGUCCAUGGAUGCACCUUCGAUUUCAAAUCGGCCGGUCGCGAAGAGAUCGCCAAGGCGAACCCACUCGUCAAAGCGGCGAAGCUUCAGAAGAUUUGAUCGCCGCCGUUCGAUGCGUUGACUUUUAAACCAUCAUUUGAACGCGUUUGUCUCCCCAGAAAUGGUGUUAGAUUGAUCUCAGCCGUUCAUGAUGUGUCAUUAUGUAAAAGAUAUGUACUACGAAGGACACGUGUCACGUGACGUUUUCCUCAUCUUCCCAAUUAAUUUUCUUUUCCCCUUAAAGAAAUAAGAUUAUUCGCGUUGGCUUUUCUCUC